AUGUCCAAGUUAAAAAGUGACAUGACACUCAUUUCACCAGGAUCAUUCUUACACGAUCUUCAAAGAUACUUGUCGACUUUCCAACGCAAUAUUAAUUUGGAAAGAUUCUUGGCAUUAAACGAACAAAU